AUGACCUUAACAAGGGUUAUAACUAAGGCUGCAGAUUCCAGAUACCCAUCUUUAGCAGCCUGCAAGCCCGGGACUUUAGACACCCCGUCCCAGGAUCUUCCAGGUAGCAUAUCUUCCUCUAUCCGGAAGCUGCUGAACAUCCCACUCUUGCAGCCCCCAGGUGACUACUCGCUGGAGAUCUUCCCCGUGAACCUGGAGGACGACGCCCGGUACCAGUGCCAGGUGAGCCCCGGGCCCGGCGGCGAGCCCGGGGUGCGGUCCCGCUUCGCGCAGCUGACUGUGCUGGUGCCGCCCGAGCCGCCCCGCAUCGUGCAGGGCGACCACCUGGAGACCACCGAGGACCGCGAGAUCGAGCUCGAGUGCGAGUCUGCGGCGGGCAAGCCGGCGGCCGAGAUCACGUGGAUCGACGGCGCGGGCAACGUGCUGCGAGGCGAGGACCUGCAGUCGGAGGACCCGGAGACGCGCCGCAUCACGGUGCGGUCCGUGCUCAAGGUGAUCCCGAAGAAGCACCACCACAACACGACCUUCACGUGCCAGGCGCAGAACCAGGCGGACCGCACCUACCGCUCGGCGCGCCUGCAGCUCUACGUCAAGUACGCGCCCAACGUGACGGUGACGGCGGCGGACAGCGGCCGCGGCCGCCACAUCCCCGAGGGCUCGGACGUGCGCCUGCACUGCCACGCCGACGCCAACCCGCCCGAGGUGCGCUACCGCUGGUUCCUGGACGGCGAGCCCGUCGUGGACACGGAGGGCCAGACGGACCUGCUGCUGCGCAACGUGACCCGCCGCCACCACGACGCCAUCGUCAAGUGCCAGGUCGAGAACAAGGUCGGCAAGAGCGAGGGCUCCGAGACGCUCGACGUGACCUGUGAGUAUAACAAAAGACUAGGCAUUUAA